GUUUCCCACUUGAUGCUUUCGGAUUGACUGUGAUGUUGAGGUCAAGAGACUGGUUCAGGCCGCUGUUCCAAAAUUCUGGCACUUUAAAUUCGCUCACUGCCUUCUCUCUCCGCCAUGGUGAUCCCUCAUUACGUGCAUUUCGACUCGGUAUCGAGGUAUCUCCUUGGUUUAAGCACUCAGAGUAUGGUCAGGCAGGCGAAAACAAAGAACUUAGAGUAUUGUUCUUUCGCAUCGCUGCGCUUCUAAAGCGCCCAGUUCUUCCUCUAUUUGUAUUCGAUGGACCUCAUGCUACGAAGGAACGCCAUCCCAUGGAGAAGGAGCUGACGAGUGGCAUGAAGGAAUUGGCAGAGGCGUUUGGCAUCGAGCACAGGACUGCGUCGGGUGACGCUGUCAUCGACCUGGCGUUACUCAACGCGCACGGCGUCAUCGAUGGCAUACUGACCGACGAUCUGGAAGCCUUUCUGUACGGCGCUCACACUGUCAUUCAAAACCCAUCAUCGACUCACCGCGGCGUACCAUACGAUAAGGGCAAACAAGAGCAGUAUCUCGUCCAUCGCCUUCCCGACCUCGGGUAUAAUAGAGCAAGCCUUAUUUUCAUCUCACGACUCUGCACCCAGAUCGGAGCAUUCGACUGCAACUUUAUGGAAAUCGCUAUCGAGCUCACCCGUCUGGGCUUCGCCGACUCGCUUCUCAGAGCAGCUACUACCAUGAACCGAACAGAACUCAAAGCAUUUAUACCAUCCUGGCGCGCUGAGCUCAUUCAGGAGCUCGCUACACCCUCCGACGUCUUCUCUCCCUCCUUGGCCCAAUUCACGCAGUUCGCUCGCGUCUCUUCCUUCUUCCCCAACAUCGAUAUGCUCCUUGCCUAUGCCAACCCUGCCAUCACCAUAUCCCACGACAUACAAUGGUCCCGUAGAGAACCGUCCCUGCCCGCCCUCGCGGCGCUAUGCGAGCGAUAUUUCGAGUGGGGCUGGAAGUCGGAGAUCGUGAAGCGUUUUAGGACGAUUAUAUGGCCGUCGAUUGUGAUUCGGGCGAUACGGCGGUACGCAUUGUCGCCCAAACAACCUGUCUUCACACUCGGAGGGACUUUUGCUGGGACCCAACGCGUAGGGAUGGAUAAUGAUUGGAUAUUAAGGAUUACGAGCAAGAAAAAGGAUCCGUUUUUCAAUCAUGAGUUGUUGUAUUACGUCGAAGUGGAUCCACGUAUGCUGGUAUAUCUCGCAGAGGCGGGUGUGACUGGCACAAGACAGCCGCUGCCGGAUUGGAAGGCGCCUAAAGAGCCUGUGGAUCCAUUAUCCCCGCUGAAAAUGUGGCUUCCUGCUGUGUUGGUGCGAGAGGCACGGCCAAACUUGGUGCAGACAUAUGAAGCAUCGCUUGCUCUCAAGGCAAAGCAAUCCCGUGCAAAGGCACUGAGCAAGGGGGAGAAGGGCCUCGUGGAAAAUGAAGUCCAUAAAGACGAGGAUGAAGUCCAUAAAGAUGAGGAUGAGAAUGAGGACUCGGUUUCCAAGAGUCGAAACAGGAGGAAAACUUUAGCUACGAAGACUGCAUGGACACUCUGAAAAUUGCUUAAUUAUGUUUACAUGGUGAGCUCUGUUUGUGUUGCCCUAUUUAAUGAUUGUUAUGUUUGGGUAGAUCUGGAUUAUCUAUGUACUAGUAUCUUAUGCCGGUGUAUGAUGAAGUGUCUACUACAUCGCUAACAGUUUGGCUCGCAAGCAUCUAUCAAAUUCCAUUAAAUGAUGUCUUUCCGGUGAAUGUUCAUUUGGCGGAACAUUACUGGCAGGAUGGGCAAAGUAAAAUUUUUUGCCCUCAACUGAGGGUCAAUGUGGGCAUUCUCUAGAAUCCCCAAAUUUUCCAUCUGAUGAUCAAGAUGGAAUAUGGUUAAUGGUGAGGUAUCUUCAAGUUAGCCCUACGUACUUCGUUUCCGGAACCCCCGCUCAGCACUGAACAUGUAUGUACAGUCGACUCUGCCUUAACCCAUGGCAGUCGGUGGACCCCCAAAACUAUGGGUUAUUAUAGAG